AUGACUACAACGCCAAGCAUCGAUCUCGACUGGGGAAGAAAAGGACCCAAAAAACCCCUCAAUCGCACGCAACCCUACCAGCUAACCUUCUUCAGCAACCCCAAGAAAAGAAAAGUUGACGAAAAGUUGAUUCUAAGCCAUACGGACUCUUCAACUACUACUCGUUCUUCUCUUAAGUCUACUUCUAACGCCUCUUUCCUCUCCUACUUUACAUUAGACAGACUUAUCAAAGCAAACUACGUUAUUUCUUCUUAUCUUUCUCUUAUUCUCAACUCAUUCCUAGUCUUUCUAUGCAUGCUUUUGAUCCUUAAGUUUAUCAUUUCUGUUAAAAACGAUAUCUCAAUCAAAACAAUCAAACAACUAGAAAAGAACAAACUCAAAAUAGAAGAGUGCACUCGGCAGUACUUUCUUAAUAAAUGCGACCCAAGCGAACGAGUCCCAGCCCUAGAGGACAAGUGCAACGAAUGGGCUGCCUGCAUGCGCGCUGAUCCUUUCCGAGAAGAAAUAACCAAAGUAGUCUUCCAAGUAGCUAGUGAUGCCAUUGAAGAGUUUCUAACCGGAGUGUCUAUUCGUUCAGUACUUAUCUCCACUCUGGUUCUUUCCGUCCUACUUAAGAUAUUCCUAUCACACACAUCUCACCGAGUAUCUCAUCUUAACCACCCACCUCCACACAAUAUAACAACUACACUUCCUACUAGCAAAUAA